GUAGCGUUCCGCCGGCGCUAGGGCCCCGCGGAGGGCGGAAGGGGCGUCCCGCGGCGUGCAGCCAUGGAGCCGGGCUGCUCGCGCCGCCUGAGGCGGAAUAGGGCCCCUCGGCGCUCCUGUGGCCAGAAGGAGUUCGCGCCCGACGGCUCUGCCGGGCAGGCCGAGCGUCUGCGGUUGUGCCUGGAGGAGCAGCGGCGGCAGCUGGCUGAGGAGCGCGUGGAACGGCCGGAGAAUCUGGUGAAAGCCGUGUGGAAGCCAGAACAGGGCAUUGUGGAGCUGGAGUCCCCUGCGGGGAAGUUCUGGCACACUAUGGGGUUCUCAGAGCGUGGCAAACAGUGUCUGCUGCCUGAGGAGGCUCUGUACUUGCUGGAGUGUGGCUCUCUUCAGCUCUUUUACAAAGAUGUGCCCAUGUCAGUUCAGGAAGCCUAUGAAAUUCUGCUGUCCCAGGAGGCAAUGAACCUGCUACAUUACCAGGUCUUCAGCCACUUGAAGCAGCUGGGCUAUAUUGUACUGAGAUUCAACCCCAGCACUGUCCUGUCUCCCUGCGAGAGGCAACUAAACCUGGAAAGUCAUUGCAAGAGCUCUGGGAAACACCAUCACAAAAGGAGGAGGAGUUCCAGCCCUGGAUCAUGUGAGAAGAAACAUAAGGUAUCCGAGGACCUUCCCAAAGCUGAAAGGACCUGUGAAAAAGGCGGACAUGACUGUGGAGAACUCAGUUGUGUUCCCUUGGAGGAGAAGCCAUUGUCAGAGCAGUUGAAGGAAUUGGAUACUGGCAAUGGAGAGGAGCGGUCUGUCACAUCAAACUCAGUUCCCCUUGAUACAGGACGAAAGAAUGUCCCAGGCCCCUCCUGGAGUCUGGGAACUGGAGGCCAGAAGGCGAGCAGCACUGGCAUCCAUUUGCCACGCUGGGAUUUUACUAUGAUCUUCUUGCCAAAUGUGGCCCCAGAUGAGCCAUGCGUACAUCUGCCCUCACCUGACAACAAGCUUCUGCCAGAAAAUGUGCUGGGAAGAGAGGUUGAUGCAGCAUCUUGGUGCAGACGCAUCAACCAAAAAAAGGAGAAGCUGUCACAGAAGGAAAGGGAGCAGCAGGCAAAGGACAGCAAGUACAAGAGCAGUAUCAAUUCUGACAGGGAAGUGAGGUGCUGCAUCAACUGGCAGGAAUACAAAGCUCUUUUGAGAUGGAGGAGCCAGCAGAGAGUUUGGAGACAACCACCACAUAUGUGGGGCCAGGCUGUCACACCACUUCUGCAGCCAGAGGAAGCUACCUCAUUUGUCUUUCGUGCUGGACUAUUAAGCAGUCAGGGCCAGCAAGUUGCAAAGCACUUUCAGGAUGUUCAGGGCUGCAUGCUGGGAGGAGCUGCAGUCUGCCAGCAGAUCAGUGUGCUGCAGCCUUCCCACAUACUGGAUGGAGCCUCCCGGCUACAAGAGGACUUGAAGAGUAUCAAGAUAGACUUCAACGUGUAUCAAGCAGAUGCUGUGGCCAAAUUUAAGAAGACAAACCCUGGGAAGCCAUAUGUCAGGAUGUGUGUUCGAAGCUUUGAUGAGCAAGUCCCAUCCCUUCGGGCUUUGAAGCAGAUCACACAUCAGAGUGGGGACGUCCCAGUGGUCUUUGCUCUGGUGGACCAUGGAGAAAUUGCCUUCUACUCGCUAAAGGAAUUCAAGCUGCCAGUUGAUGCUAACUACUGAAGACAUUAACUGAAAUGGCGUGGGCUGAAGGAAGGAUCUUCACUCAGGAUUUGCUUUCUUGAUUAAUGAAAUAUUACAGAAAAUAGAGCCAGUGGUAACCAGAUGUUAUUUUAGGUGGUAGCACUGUAUUUGCUGUUAGAGGUUUCACCCAAAUGGGAGUUGGCUCAUGCAUGGCAGCAAAAUGCACUGAAAACAAUGGGCAUUUCUGGACUGGAGUACACACCCUGUUCUUGAAGGUGUUGGUUCUGCAGCUUUCUCAUCUGGACCACUAGCCUGCCUUUCCUGUGUCAUGGCUGAUCUGUGGAACAUUAGAAAGCGCUCUACUGCUGUAAAGCCCUUAUUAUAUUCUAGGAACCACCAUGCUAGGCCAGCUGAGCAAUUGGAGUCACUGACAUCAGCCAAGGGCAGAAAAAGCUGAUCAGAUCAGUGGUGGUGUCCUGAGCCUCCAUCAUUCGUUUGCUCCAACAGAUCAGAAUCUUAUCCAAUAGUUGAAAAUGAAACAGCCAUAAAAUUCAGCCACCCUGAUAAAAAAUUUUCAGGCACUUGAGAGCUGGAAACUUAGUACCUUGCACACUAUCUCAUUACUCAGAGACUGCAGAAGGCCCCAGAAUACUGCAGAUGGUGCCUAGCCUCCUGCUGUUGCAGUUGGGCUGAGAUGUAUUUUGACUGUACAGCAUUAUGCCAUAUUAGAGUUAUACCACCAGUAUUGGCAUGCUGUAUCUGUUAGUCUUAGCAUGGCUUCACUGCAGCCCCUGUUUUAACCUGAUGUCCUCUUUUCUGGCUGUGGACUUUUAUUUGUGUUUCUCAAGUGAGAGAUCCCUGUGUAGAGAAAGAAGGUAGAAGUACCUUCUGAGCCUUCCAGGCCUGUGGCUGUUGUGCUCCGAACCAAGGACAUUGUUGCUUUCAAGGCCUUAUCAUGUGAGUGUUAUAUCCAGGUACCAAAUUUGCUUUAGAAUCUAUGCAAAAGUACCAGUGUCAGGUGCCAGAAAGUCUGCUUAGUGAGUGCUGAGCCCAGCUGUGUUCAGUAUCUAGGAUUCUUUAGAAGUGUAAUAGCAGCUGUUUUAGAUGUAUCUUAUGUGAUAUUUCUUUAGUUCCUUUUGGAGGUGGGGAGAAGUUUAAGCAAUAAAGAACCUUUUCCAAUUGUG